GCGCAUUUAAGCUCAUUACGCCAGCGCCCACCUAGCGCUAGCUCACAAGCACACCACGCCCCAGCGCCUCGCUUGUAGGCGUUAGAAUGGCGCUGCUCUCUCGUCGCGGCUUGUGCAACCGCGUGGGUGUGAGCGUGCGUGUGAAGCCUGUUGUUGCUGCGCGCAAGCUCACUGUCAUGUCCUCCUCGGCCGCCCCGGCGCCCAAGACGGGCUUCCAUACUGUGGAAGAGGCACUGCGCGAUGAGGCGCUGGCCAAGUUCUUUGACGACGUGGCUGCGCUGAAGGUGACGCCCACCAGCGGUGGCGUCAACAACGUGGUGCAGUAUGUGGAGACCCCCGCUGGCAAGCGCUACAUUCUGCGUGUGUACAACAACGGCAACAAGAGCGAGAAGGUCCGCUUCGAGCACGAGAUCCUGCGCCAGCUGUCCACCCAGACGCUGUCAUUCGAGGUGCCCAAGACGCUCCCCUCCAAGGCCGGCCGCUCGCACGAGCUGCUCAGCAGUGGCACCGAGGCGUGCGUGUUCCACAUCAUUCCCGGCUCCCUGGCCAAGACCACCAGCCCCGAGGAGGUGGGCCGCGCCACGGGUGAGCUUUGCAGCGCCAUGGCUUCUGUGACCAUGCCCACCGACAUGACGCCGCCCAUCGCGCCCUACUUCGAGCUGUUCAAGGUGCACCACGCCAUCGGCGGCAACGCUGAGAUUUUCUACAAGGAGGUGGCCACCAACCCCCAGUUCAACGCCUGCCGCGAGUCCAUUGACUUCCUUGUGGGCGAGAUCCGCAAGAUUGAGGCCAAGCUGGCCGAGUACCUCAAGGAGGGCCUGCCCAUGCAGAUGAUUCACGGUGACCUGCACUACGACAACGUGAUGGUGGUGGGUGAUGACGUCAGCGGCCUGCUGGACUUCGAGUUCUGCGCCUACGACUGGCGCGCCAUGGAGCUGGCGGUGGCGCUGUCCAAGUACGUGUCUGAGGACGAGCCCCUGCCGCUGGUGGAGCGCUUCGUGAGUGGCUACUGCCAGAAGGGCGUGCUGACCGAAUCCGAGAUCGCCGCCAUCCCCGACCUCAUCAACCUGCGCAUCUUCUCCAACGCCGUCUACUUCACCGGCCGUGCCAUUGCCGGCGAGGAUACUCUAGAGUCCCUCACCAGCCGCGCCGGCGCCUACGCCAAGCGCGUGCGUUGGGUGAACGCCAACCGCGACGCCCUGGCGAACUGCAUCCGCACCAAGAUGGCGGCGCUGGUGGCGGCGUGAGCACAGUGGUGACGUUGUUGGUUUGCGUGCUGGUGUAUGUGUUUGGAGGCGGCUCCUUCAGCUGGCGGGCUGCAGGAAGCUGGCCGGUUGCGGGCGCGGCUGUAGCGCUGGAGUGCAGGCGUGAGAGCAGUGCGUUUGAGGGCACGUCAAACAGCGUGUUGAGAGUUUUGGAGGGUGAGAGAUGGCGGGCAGGAUGAGCGAUGGGUUUGGUCGAGGGACACACCAAGCGCGUAGCAACGGUGCGGCGCAGGCACUUGUCGUGACAGGACAGCAACGAAGCACGUCCAGCACUGUCAGCAGUCGCGGGUAUCGUAGUGCUUUACUGUAGACAAAUGAAGAGCGUGAGCAGAGUUGGGAAGUAGUAGAGCGGAUCGUAAUCAACAUGCAGGAGGGUAGAGAGCUGACUUGAAAAGAGCGAAUCGCCUGUCGGAGCAGCCGAAGGGCUUGAGGGCGGUCGGGGCACCAAUCACCCCAGAUCACACGCCUCUUGGGAAGACAUCGAGAAUCCAAUUGAUUCGUCACGUGAGCGAGAGGCGGUAAGGAAGAGACGAGCUAAUUUUAUCGAUGAGUGGGGUAAGUUUGACCACGCUGAACGCGGGCGAGUGAGAUAUGCGGGAGAUGACGCACACAGGUUUUAAUAGCAAGGCACCCGA